AGCAACAGUACCACUAUCAUCAUCAUCAUCGUCGUCUUCAUCAUCAUCAUCAUCAACGGUAGCAGAGCAGCAACCGCAAAAGUUUGAAACGAGAGCCUCCUCCAGCCAGCCGGAGGCAAAUCCAGUCCCAGAUAGCUGGCUUAACCUGGCCUGGCCGCUGCUGCUGUCACAGUGGUAGUAGCAGAUAUUUAGUCGUCGAGCAGCUUUUAGUUGAACCAACCAGUUGCUUGUUAGUGACUUGCUGCGACUCCUUCGUUCCUCAAAUGUGUUUUCGCAUCUGCAUGUGGCGGUGCAAGAAUUGUUGCUAAUUAGUAUGGAUUUUUCGGAAGAAAUGUGACGGUGAUUUGGUUUUUCGAAUCUCAGUUCGAAGUGUGAAGUUGAUUAGAGUUACAGACUUGUGCAGACGGCAAUGGUACGAAACUAGGCUAUUCGAUUCGCAUUUCAAGUGGCACAAGAGGAUAUUUUUCUUUCAGAUUGCUAAUACCAACCUGAAGAUCGUGUUCCAAAGAGCCAAUUGAAGAAACAAAACUCCGGAAACGGUACAAGUUUUUUCUUCAUUUCUUUCUUUUCCAACAACCGAGUGCCUGUCCGACGACGUCUUUUGCGAAACAAGAUCCAAAGGAAACGGUCGCGCGCGCUCCUCGUGGUACAAAACCGGAGAUAUGUUAUCUUCGCCAGUCGGAUUGCAAUCGUGAUAACAACGUUUAAGAAAAGAGUGACAGAUAAUCAAUAAAGUAAGUGAGAGCAAAAAAAUGCAACGAAACAUAGGAAAGGUAAAUUGUUACAAAUUCAGAGUGUGCACAAUGUCUUUUGCGAAACAACCUCAUGUUGAUGUGUCUUGGUGCGAGUGGUCCUAGAGGUUUCCUCGCUGGAAACAGUGCUCGGGAAGGUUGUGCUGGAGAAGAUUCCGUUUGAGAAAAGUGACGAGAAGAAGAAAAAGAAGAAAAGUGAUUGGCGCAGUGCGUUUCAUGUAUACGAUCGAGAUCCUCGACAUAACUUUGCGACAACGAAGGAAUGUCUGAUAAAAUACAAGUUUAAGCAGCAAAAAUAUAUGCCACAAUUAAGAAAACGAAUAACAUACAUUCAAGAAGUGCAAGAAGCUUGAAUGAAAACAAGAAAGGAGAGUAUAAAAUAUUUAUAUAAAAAUUAAGCAGAAGAAGCGGAGAGAUAAUCAAAACGCGACAACCAGUUGGAGGGAAUGAAAAAAUAGCAAAUAAGAAGAAAUAGAAGAAAAAGCUAUCAGCGAUCGGACGAGUGAGCAUAGUUGGCGUAAGAUAAAACAAACCAACUGCGGGCGCAUUUCCGAGGUCUUAACGGUAGGAUCUUGCCUGAGGUCGCAUCCCUCUUCCCCUCCUCACGAACCACAUUGAAGAAAAAAGAGUGAAAUUCGGUUACCAUCGGCCAGAGAGAUAAUAAAUAUUUUCCAUACGCCGAGUGAUUCGUGGUAAUGAAAACUUGUAACCGUUUCGGUCGUAUCUUGACCAGUGUCACCUUAAUCGCACUGAUUAUCAUCUCGUGAAUACAGUGUCAUUGUGUUGGUGGAUCAGGAGAUAACGACGAUAGCGAUCAUUGCUUUUGUAGUGGUGGAUGUUGUGACGAGCGUGAAAAUACCAGCGUUUGUGUGUUGUGUAACGUGAUUUGAGUGUCUCGUACGUGUUUUGAAAAACCUAGUGCGGAUUGUCGUGCAAGUUUCUGGGGGGUUUGAAGGUCAUCGUGUUCCCAAUAGUGAGCCACGCGGAUUGGGUGGUUUGGUGUUGUUGUGAUCUGGUUGGGUACAAAAAGAAAACAAACUGAGCAAAGAACAACUCUAUUUGGAGCAAAUAGCAACAGCCGAUCUGAAGGAGCAAAUUUAUUUAUUUGAACCGAAAUUAGCUGCAAACACGAACAUGCACGCGUGGCUUUAUGUCCUCGCGGUGCUGGCGAUUCUACAGGGUGUAACGCAAGUCGCUAGCACCGGCGAUAAACCAUCAGCAUCCACUUCCUCGUCGUCGUCAUCAACAGCAAUCAGCAGUAUCAGCAGACCGGAUGAGCUCUCAGAAAAUCGUCGGCCGGCGGCAAGUGAUGAUAGUGUGGCGAAAAGUGAGUCAAAGAUGGACCAAGAUAGUUUAGAACGGCCGGCGGUGGUCGGGGAGUUGCACCUGCAGCUCGAACCGGUCGGCCCCCACGGUGAAGCCAGCGACAGCGAGGUGGCGGUGAGCGAUGGAAAUAGUGAUAGUGAUAACAGUCUAGAUAUUAGUGGUAGUAGCACGAGCAGUAGUAGCAGCAGUCAUGGUAGUCAUAGUAGUGAUAGUGAUAGCAUUAGCAACAGUAAGCCCGAUCCUGAAACGCUAGUCGAAAUCGAGAAGAAUCUCCUAAGUCUGUUCGGUUUUCCCAAGAGACCAAAAAUUGAUAGAUCUAAGGUGGUGAUACCGGAGGCGAUGAAGCAGCUGUACCGCGAGUUCAUGGGCCACGAUCUGGUCGACUCGGUCAACGUGCCAAAGGAGGGCCUCAACACGCGCAACGCGAACACGGUGCGGAGUUUCACGCACGAAGAAAGCCAUAUAGACGACCGCUUCAUGCACCAUCAUCGCUUCCGGUUGAUGUUCAACGUGUCCAAUAUCCCUCGAAACGAGAAACUACGGGCAGCGGAAGUCACGCUGCAUCGUGAUGCCAUCGAGGAUCUCCGGGCGCGAACCGUCCAGCACCAGAUCCUGGUGUACGAUAUCGUUCGGCCGGGAGUCAAAGGCAAACGGGCGCCAUCUUUCCUACUGAUCGAUUCCAAAACGGUCAAAAUUAACGAAACGGGCCCGAUUAGCGUGGAUGUUCUGCCCGCCGUCGAACGGUGGCUACGAUCACCGAAGCAGAACCACGGCCUCUUCAUUCAGGUCACCAACAAAAGUAAGCGAAAACCCCAGACCACACCGGAGCACCAUCACGUGCGACUGCGACGAAGUGUGGACGAAAGCCACGACAAGUGGUCCCAUAAGCAGCCCCUGCUGUUUACCUACACGGAUGACGGUCGGCAUAAGCAGCGGCCCAUCCAGGAAGCCAUUAACAACGCCAACCGGGCACGGCGGGCGCCAUCACGGAACCGCCGAAGGAAGAACGGCAGCGAAACCUGCCAGAGGCGGCCUCUAUACGUGGACUUCAGCGACGUAGGAUGGAGCGAUUGGAUCGUAGCCCCUCCGGGUUACGAAGCGUACUACUGUCACGGAGACUGUCAGUUCCCCAUCGCUGACCAUCUCAACACGACGAAUCACGCCAUCGUGCAGACAUUGGUCAAUUCGAUCAAUCCCAGUCUGGCACCGAAGGCGUGCUGCGUCCCGACGCAGCUCUCGUCCAUCUCGAUGCUCUAUCUAAACGAGCAGAAUAAGGUCGUCCUGAAAAACUACCAGGACAUGACUGUAGUCGGAUGCGGGUGCCGUUGAGCCCCCGGCCAAUUGUACAUUUCACACCCCCUCCCCCCUGUAUUAUAGCAAAGUAUCCUCUUAAAGAAGAUACCGACAAAUAUAUAGUAGUAUAAACUAGAUUCGAUGUUGAACCGGCCGGGCCGUUGCUUACACAACUCAACCUUCUUAUCUAAUGUCAUGUAAAUUUUUUUACUCCUAAGUGAACAAAGAGGUUAGGGAACGAUCAAGUCGAUUGCGUUGACGAGUGAGUGAGUUAGUGCGUGCAUGUGUUGAGCGUUUUUGGGAAAUAAACCCAAUAGGUGUUAGACUCCGUAAGCUCUAGGAAACAACCCCAGUGUGUUGAUGAAAAGGAAAAAAAAUACGAAUUGUACAAAUUGUACAAACAACCAAUUGAAUGUUUAUUGCUGUGCGAGUGCACGCUUGAUUGGAAUCGUUACGGGCGGAGCAGAAACAAAGCCCCAGGCCAUGAUGCAACCAAGGCAGCUCGUGUUAGCCAGAACUCGCACGCAGAUAGGCAAGGAAACCUGUUUUGUAAAUAUACGUCCAUGCUAAACCCGCUAGCUAAUAUAUAAAUUUAACUACGAUCCAAGCUACCACUGUACAAAUGAAGUAAAGCUACCCCCGAGACACUUAACUACACACGACGAAUGAAUCACUCCCAAUAAAUGUGCUGUUGUGAAGCUGGAAAAGCUGCAGGAUAGGAUUGUAAAAAAAACUUUUACUCGUACACAGGAGAGCAAUAGUGCGGAAGAUGGUUGUUUAUAAUGUAAACGAACAAUAUUUGUUGGAGCAUUAUGUUUUAUUUAUUUAGUACGGUUAGACAGAGGGCAUAUCCUAAAAUGUUGUUUUGACUAUUAUUGGAGUCGAUCGAAGUUAAGAAGCAAGUCAUUUUAUGUUGUAAAAUAGAAAAGAGAGUGAUUGAUACAUGCAUGAGCGCACGAGGGAUGGAACAUAAGCUGUAUGCUCUUGAUACGGUACAAGUCUAUUGUUUCUGUGUCCUUUUCUUUGUAAAUUUGUGUAAUAUACUAGUACCUGUAUUUUGAGGAAAAGUAUUUAUUUAAUAAAUGGUCGAAAAUUGAGAGAAGAAUAAAAUUUGUAAAAGUCGUAUAUUAAA